AUUUAAACCUUCCGGACAGAUGCUUUAAUGGAGGGACCUAAAUUGUCGCCCACCACCCAUUUGGAAUUACUCGUUUUGCUCAUAAUAAUUGCGUUUUUAACCCCCUCUUUAAUUAAUCCCACACCCAGAGAGAGAGCGAUGAGAGUCCCUCUCUCCUCACCUUCACCUUCUAAAUUUGGGUCCUAUUCCCUUCCACCCGGUUCUCCUCCGUUUCAUCUUUAGUCAUGGCCGAAGACUAGAGGUUCUGCUCUCUCAUCUCCUUUCGUUUCUGAUCGGGUGUCCUGUUUUGGUUUCUCUUUGCGGCAAAAAUUUGUCUGAGAAGCAAAAAGUUUUGUUGGUUUCUGUAUAUUCUUGGUUUACUUCUCCUGUUUCUGCAUCUUCCUUGCUUGUGUUGGGUUUUCCAAUUGUGGGUAGUUUUGCUUUUGUGGAAUUUUUGAUCCUCUUCUGUGUUUGGUUUGAGUAAUCUGAAUAUUAGGUGGAUUCUUUGUUUUCUGAAGCGUGGAGCAAGUUGGGAGGGUUGCCUUUUUUGGGGGGGUGUGGCCUGCGUUUGUCUUCAGGUGUUUUUGCAGGGAUGACUUUCUGGUCUCUGUGAGGAGUUAAGCUUUGGGCGUUUGGGAUUGUUGGGAAUUUGAAGAUCAUUUGGUUUGUGUGAUUCGGAUAGAGGAUAAGGAACAGAGAACUGAGGGGAGAGGUAUUCACUUUUUUGUUUUUUUUUUUUUUUUGGGAGAUCGGGCUCUUCGGAUAGUUGGUUCUGUUGCUUGAGAAAUUGGUACGAGGGUCUUUUUGCAUCGAUGGAGGAAGAUGGUGUGCGAAAUUUCUCGAUGGCAUCGCUUUCUGGCUCGAUGAAGCGGCCUUCUGGCUCGACGAAGCGGCCCUCUGGUUCGAGUGUUCGCGGUAGGGCAGAGGGUAAGCCCAACCGUUGUCUGAGUCCUGAUGUUGGUAGCGAGAAUUCUGCGUUGGGCUGUCUGAGUAGCGGGACCAUGCCGGCUUUGGAAAGAGGAGUGAAUUCGGAGAUGGGUAUUAAGGAUGGGAUUAAAAUGAGCAGGGUUGACUGGAUCGAGUUGGGAAGAAGGUUUCAGAAUGCCGUUAGCUCUCACGAUUGGCUUCUAGCAGAGAGACUGAUCCCGUGCGCCGACAGGCAGCGGCUGAAUGAUGCAUUGUGUAUUGCAUUAGAUUCGAUUUGGUUCCUUCAGACAGAAUCUGAUUUGGAGGGUGUCACCGGAUUGAUUCACGAGCUCAUCUCUUGUGGGGCUAAUGACUUCACUCGGGCUGUUCUUAGAACUUCAUUUCUUGCCUCUUGCGUAUCCGUGUGCAGAUCGCGUGUGAUGAGCUUGACAGACACGGUCAAUGUUAUGGCCCAGAGGCUGGGCGAACGUCUUGAAGAAUGUAAUAGUGAUGAGAUUUUGAAAGCUGAAAGUGCUGCCAAAGUUCAGAAAUUCACAGAAUGGGCUCUGAAAUGUAUUAGCUUCCAUUCCCGCAAUUGUGGAAACAAAAACAGAUUACAACAUGGAUCAGCUAUUGAAAUUCAGCUGCAGCUGUCAGCGUUCAAAUCAUUUUUAGAUAUGGCUGGCGAUCAACUGACAGGAAAAGAUUUUGCUGAGGCCUUUGAUGCUGCAUGCUUUCCCCUUACUCUUUUCUCUAGUGCUAUUGAUCCAUGUUGGGCUUCUGGAGUUGCAUCAAGAGCUAUGCACGAGUUGCUUGGAUUGUUAGUGGAAUGGGGUGCAGAUAAUGUCAACCAGUGUUUCCUUGAAGCAUCUCGUUUUGGAAGUACUGAGCUUGUUCGCAUUCUGUUACAGAUAGCUCAGCAGAAUAGCCUGGAUAUCGAUGUAGACCUUGCUUUGGGAUUUGCAUCUCAUUUCUGCAAGAUGAGCACAAUGGAAUGUUUGGUAGAGGAGGGGCAUGCCUCUGCAUUCUUGGGGCCUCUAAUGAGAGCAGCAGAAAGAGGAUGCAUGCAGGUUGUUAGUUGGUUUGUUGAAAAAGGUUGCCGAGAUAUGGAGCUUUGUCUUGCCCUCACUGCUGCUACAUCCAGCUGCCAAAUAGAAGUUGCUGACUAUCUACUGCAGCAUGUUCCUCAUAAUAUGUUGUCCACUCUUGGCAUAGAGAUCAUAAAGGCAGCUGGAGAACGCAGCUGCAACUCUUUAGCAGGUGUGGCAUUUCUCAUGCAAUCUAAUUUCUUGAAGACUGCUGAGGCAACAUAUGAAGUGGCAGACCGCAUUGUCAGAUCUGAUGAUGAGGGUGUUACACCCGAGUUGAGAACUUUUCUGUCCAAAAUGUGGACCAAGGAUGCAUAUCAUCAGGGCAGGAAAUUUGCUGAAGAUCACUAUUUGAAUGUUGCGAGGAUUAUCAUGAAGGGGACAUCACCAGUUCGGCUUCUGCAGUUGCCUUUGGAACUCCAGGUGGGUAUUGCGUAUUAUCCACUCUACAGUGAAUGUAUAGAAGUUCGAGGGCAGCUGCUGCCACAGUGGUUGAGGGGUCAGCUUGUGGAGGCUGUGUGGAGGCUUGGGAAUGGAAGCAUCGAUGAGAUCACUAGCCGCUCAAAACAGGAUUUGGUUGCGAAUCUGGAGCGACAUUUGCCGUCAUUCUUGAUUCGCACUGGUUCAUCUGCACUGAUGUAAAUUUUGCUGGUUGAUGAAACCAUUCUCUAUUGCAGACCCCCCUUCCCCCCUGCUUAUCUGGAGCUUUCUCUCUCUCCCCAUUGUUCGGCAGGGUGGCCACGAGCUUGAGUAUAUCUUGUGAAAGCUCGCUCAAUCUCUAGGGCACAGGCCAAGGCUUGCUAGGUAUUCAGCAACCCCUUUUCCUUUUGGUUUGGCUCUAUGUAUGGGUGGUGAGUUUACCCGAGAAUUAUUUUCCAUCAAACGGAGGGAAAAUGCUAGACGAUCUUUAGAUGUAUUUAUGUUUAGCAAUCAUAAAUAAUGAAUAAAUGAAUAGUUUGGAUA